AAGCCAUGCUAGCGACGGCGACGCUGCAGCACAACUUGGCGGCGCUACAAGCGCAACUGGGGACGCUGCAGCAGGAGAACAGCGCCCUGACCCGCGACUUAUGUCUGAAAGAGAACUACAUUCAACUGAAGGAUCAGCAGUUCCGCGUGAUGCAACGACGUCUGGAGGAGCUGGAGGGGGCCGUGGCGCAGUGGAAAGACCGAUGGCUACAACAGGUGAAUGCACAGCAGGUCACGAGCAGCAGCGGAGAUGGCACUGAGGAUGUAGCUGGAGGACAGACGGACAGACUGGAGGACGCCAGAUGGACACCCUGGAAAUGCAAACCUGGCACGGCCAACCGCACCAAGGCUUUAGCCCAAGCCAACGCUAAACUGGAGAAGCUCUCGCAGGUAGACAGGAACAAACUACAGCCACUAAUAGGAGCUAUUGAAGAGGGUGGGGUCGGCGCUGUAGAGGACCUCGUAUUUGCCGACGUGUCGGAAGAACUCAGCCGCAUCUUAUUGCUGUACCUGUUGCCUGCACUACUCGACGCGAUGGACGGCGCGCUGCAACUACAGUGCUUCAGUCGCACAUACCGCAAGCAGACGAUGGACUUUAGAGUCUGCACGCGGCAGUCAGCGGAGGCGACAACGGUGAGUGGGGCGGAGGAACUCGCCGCGUCAGCUGCGCCGGCUGCAUCCACCACGGACAAGCCGCCGACAUCACCGCCGUCCGUUUGUUCAGCCGAAGCGAGUGGAGAUGCACUAAUUCCAGCAGCUCAACCCGCACCAGAGACGGAGGAAACCGAGGCGCCGCACCUGUUCGACUGUGUGGAGCUGGACCGGCGUGGCUCUGCACGUAACCCCGUGCCGCACGGUCCGCGCGAGCUGCACGCGACUAAAGCCAUGUUCAUCUCUCGACCUCUUAGUGGGUCAGCAGCAGCUCGAGCUGUCAUUCCUCCGCUUGAUAAAGUGGGAGAGAAAUCCCUUGAUAAAGCAUCACGUCGCUACACGUUGACGCCUAAACGUUCAGGCCCAACAUUCGCAGUGGAAACGACACGCACACAUACAAUGACAAUGGGCGCGUUGCCGUCACCUGCACAGUCUCCGUCCUCAAUGGGUGUCCUUCCUUUGGGCUCAGACGGAGAGGUGAUCCCGAUGCCUCCACGCGAGAGAGAAGGCAAAGACGGCAAGAUCAAGAAGAUCGUGGGCAGUGUAUUCGACCGUCUGAGUCGCCACAAGUCACAGCAAUCACUGGUGUCCAAUGCAAGCACGAGCUCGUCGCAUGCGUCGCCUGUGCCGCUGACGGGAUCGACGGAAGUGACCGGGGACGACGACGAAUCGAUCUGCGACGGCUGUGGACGCGGCCCGCUCGUCGGUGUCAAGUGGGUGUGUCGGACGUGUCGUCUGCUAGCAGGUGAAGAGUACGAGUUGUGUGAAAAGUGCUACGGCCAAGGAAUCCACGGCAAGGAGCACGAGGACGCGUUGUUUGCUCGAGUCGAGGCGAUCGUCGUACGGAAAUGUCCUCGACUCGCGAGCGAGACGGAACUGCUGCAUCUCCUGCGCGUGGGUAUUUGCAAGGCCAACCUCAAGAAGUUCAGCUUCUGUCUCACUUGGAUUGCAGAUCUGUUGCAGUGUAAUCGCACCACAGAUUUACGUGCGAGAGCGUUGGAGAUCGCACACAUCCCACCAACUGUACGCAGCGAGUUCGCGCGUCUACUACGGGAGCUUCUAACGCGCUACCGACCGGAUAUUGAGCUCAAGACGGAAUGGGAACCGGCCGCUGGUGCCCAACACAGCGCUCUCGCUGGAACAACAGCGAUGCGUGGCGAAGGAGCGCCGGACGAGCUGGAUACGCUACGGAUUUGGGUGAAAGACACACCGGCCGUGGCGUCGGGAGCCACGAGUAUCGGAACACCCUCACUAGGUUAA